CGUUAUAGCGUCUAAACAUUAUAAUUUUUCCGUGUUAAUUUUCCUAACUUUUCUCCGUUACUAUUCACGUGUUUGUUUCCGGAAUUCUUUAAUGAUUUAUGUCUUGAAUAACAGUGAGAACUGGUAUAUGAACAUAGCUCAAAAAUAAGUAGCUAACACAGUCAACGUUUGGUGUGUCCUCACCUUUGCUGAAGAAGGAUAAUUGUAACAUCAAGGCAUUAAAAUAGUUUAUGUGCAAACUGAAGUGACAAACACCUCAGCAUAAGCAUGUUUAAAGGCAAAACGGCAUGGUUCUCCGACAGUGUUAGAAAGGGGGUACCGUUAACCAACUUCUGGGUUUCUGAAGGGGGAGCGCUUUCUUCCUGGAAAACGGCAGAUUACCUCUUCAGUGCUGAUGCCUCUUCUGAAGACACUAAAAGGAUAUAUGAAAGUGAGGAUUAUGUAAAAAACAGGGCAACGGUUUUCCACAGCAACUUCCUGUCAGCAUGUAAACACCGCCAGAGUGGAACAUCUGUGCCUAUUGGCCACUAUGUUCUGCCCCCCGACUCUGUCCAGAAUGAAAUGAGAGUGCUAAUCGGAAGGUUCAUUUGGGAAACCGAUGAACAGGUGAUGUGUGAAGAUCAGAUAUAUACUGAAGUGUCUGAAGACAGUCUGUCUGAUGAGACUGAACAUCAAGCAGUGAGAGAGAAGAACAGCCAGGACGAUUACGAGACUGUUGCAUCGCCGAACAAAGUGUGUUCUUGUAGUGAGAUGUGGAAAUAUCCUGUAAACAACAUGAUCUCAGGAUAUGUUCAUAUUGACCAAAUUAAGAAGUAUUCAGGGGAACUUUAUGAUUUUCUUCCCUCCCUCCAUGGCCAUAACGUUUCAAGAUCUAAUGACGUGACACCUCGUCAUUGUCACAAAGAAAUGUAAUAUAAUAUGCUUCACAUAAGAAGUGGAUUGUCUUUGUUUAUACGUUUCUUUGACAAACAUAUUUAAUGCAAAUGGAUGCUUAUUUUGAGUUCCUAC